CAUGCUUUUGCUUGUACUAAAUUUUCUUACAACUUUUCACAGAAAAAAAUGGAGGCCUGGAGUGGAGAAAGAACAAGACCGGCCAAGCAACAAAAACCCAACACUGCUUUGUCUUCAUCAGCUGCGAGUAACUUGAAACCCAUGGAUAAAGGCAAGGUCAUUGCUCAGUACAAUGCGGAUGCUGGUCUCAUGGCCGAGUUUGAGCAAUCUGUUGUUUCUGGUAAGUCCUUUAACUAUUCAAAAUCAGUUCUUUGUGCUCCGCAAAGUGUGCCCGAUGAACAAGUGACGGCUUAUCUGUCGAGAAUCCAAAGGGGUGGUCUGGUUCAGCCCUUUGGUUGUAUGAUUGCUAUUGAAGAACCCAGUUUUGGGAUCAUUGGCUAUAGUGAGAAUUGCUUUGAGUUGUUGGGUUUGCGUUUGGAUAGCGAGGAUGAGUCUAAAGGGUUGAAGGGUUUGAUUGGGAUCGAUGCGAAAAGCCUCUUCACGCCUGCAUCAGGUGCUUCCUUGGCUAAAGCGGCGGCAUCGAGGGAGAUUUCGUUGUUGAAUCCGAUUUCGGUUUAUUCUAGGAGCAACCAGAAGCCUUUUUAUGCUAUAUUGCAUAGGAUUGAUGUGGGGAUUGUGAUCGAUUUAGAGCCUGCGCGGUUAGGUGAUCAUGCACUGUCGCUUUCCGGUGCCGUGCACUCGCAGAAACUCGCCGUUCAGGCAAUUGCCAGGUUGCAGUCGCUUCCUGGUGGUGAUAUCGGUGUGUUGUGUGAUACGGUUGUGGAGGAUGUUCAGAAACUUACCGGCUAUGACAGGGUUAUGGUGUACAAGUUCCAUGAUGAUGGUCACGGUGAAGUCGUGUCGGAAAUCAGGAGGUCGAAUUUGGAGCCGUACUUGGGUUUGCAUUAUCCUGCAACGGAUAUACCUCAAGCCACUCGCUUCUUGUUCAAGCAGAAUCGUGUGAGGAUGAUCUGCGAUUGCCAUGCGAGUCCAGUUAAGGUCAUUCAAAGUGAUGAGUUGAAGCAGCAUCUCUGCUUGGUGAAUUCAACCCUUAGGUCUCCCAUGGAUGUCACACAGUACAUGGCAAAUAUGGGCUCGACCGCCUCGUUAGUAAUGGCAGUCGUUAUAAAUGGCAACGAUUCGACGAAGCUUUGGGGACUGGUUGUCUGUCACCAUAGUUCUCCACGCUAUGUGCCUUUCCCGCUUCGUUAUGCCUGUGAAUUUCUUAUGCAGGCAUUUGGAAUGCAGCUAUACAUGGAACUCCAAUUAGCAUCACAACUAACCGAGAAGAAGAUUCUAAGGACUCAAACCUUACUCUGUGAUAUGCUGCUCCGUGAUGCCCCGUUUGGUAUCGUGACACAAUCGCCUAAUAUCAUGGACCUUGUGAAGUGUGAUGCUGCACUGUACUACGGAGGAAAAUGUUGGUUGCUAGGUGUGACUCCAACCAAGUCACAGGUAAAAGAUAUAGCUGAAUGGCUGCUCACCACUCAUGAGGAUUCUACUGGAUUGAGUACCGAUAGUUUGGCCGACGCUGGCUACCCCAGUGCUGCUUUACUGGGUGAUGCAGUUUGUGGCAUGGCUACUGCCCGAAUCAUUUCCAAGGAUUUCUUGUUCUGGUUCAGGUCUCAUACUGCAAAGGAAGUGAAAUGGGGAGGAGCCAAGCAUCACCCGGAAGACAAGGAUGAUGGUGGAAGAAUGCAUCCGAGAUCCUCGUUUAAUGCUUUUCUUGAAGUGGUGAAAAGUAGAAGUUUGCCUUGGGAGAUUCCAGAAAUUAAUGCUAUUCACUCUUUACAGCUUAUAAUGAGACAUUCAUUUCAAAACAUGGAAGAGAGUGUCUCCAAGGUGUUAGUUUAUGGCCAGCAGAAUGAAACCGAGAUGCAGGGAAUCAAUGAACUCAGCUCAGUGACACACGAAAUGGUUAGAUUGAUUGAGACUGGAACAGCUCCAGUAUUUGGAGUUGAUGCAGCUGGUCUCAUAAAUGGUUGGAAUGCAAAAAUCACGGAGUUGACAGGUUUACAAGCCGAUGAUGCACUCGGGAAAUCCCUGGUCGAUGAAGUUGUUCAUGAAGAUUCACAUGACCUGUUUAAGAAUCUCCUAGGAAGAGCUUUGCAAGGUGAGGAGGACAAGAAUGUCGAGUUAAAGCUCAGAAAUUUCGGGCUUCAUCCAAAGAACUCAGUUGUUUAUAUCGUGGUGAACGCCUGCACAAGCAGGGAUUACACAAAUGAUGUCGUUGGUGUGUGUUUUGUGGGUCAAGAUGUUACUUCUGAGAGAGUUGUGAUGGAUAAAUUCAUCCGUUUGCAAGGAGAUUACAGAGCUAUCGUACAAAGUCUUAGCCCUUUGAUACCUCCAACAUUUGCUUCAGAUGAGAACGCCUGCUGUUCCGAAUGGAAUGCGGCCAUGGAAAAACUGACUGGUUGCAACAGAAGUGAGGUCAUAGGUAAAAUGCUGGCAGGAGAAAUCUUUGGUGGUUUAUGUCAGCUCAAAAGUCAGGACUCAAUGACUAGAUUCAUGAUCCUGCUGUAUCAAGGAAUAAGCGGCUUGGAUGCCAAAAAGCUCCCAUUCGGAUUUUUUGAUAGAAAAGGAAAUUUUGUGGAGGUUUACUUAACAGCAAACAAGCGGACUGAUGCCAAUGGGAACAUAAUUGGUUGUUUCUACUUCUUACAGGUCACUGAGCCUGGCAUGCAGCAGGCUAGUGAACACAAGCAAGAGAACAAGGAGUUGUUUAAGAAACUCAAGCACUUGGUUUACAUGCGACAAGAGAUGAGAAAUCCUCUGAACGGUAUUAGAUUUACACAUAAACUUCUUGAAACUACACCUAUUUCCGAAAACCAGAAGCAAUUCCUCGAGACCAGCGAUGCUUGCGAAAGACAGAUCUUGACAAUAAUUGAGGAUAUGGACUCGGGAAGCAUUGAUGAAGGGAGCACAGAGCUAAGCAUGGAAGAAUUCGUUUUAGGGAAUGUUCUUGACACCGUCGUCAGUCAAAUCAUGAUUUUGCUAAAAGAAAGGAACUUACAACUUCUCCAUGAAACUCCGAAGGAAAUCAAAACACUAUCCCUAUACGGUGAUCGAAUUAGGCUCCAGCUAGUCCUAUCGGAUUUCCUGUUUAAUGUGGUGCAUCAUGCUUCUUCUCUGGGUGGAUGGGUAGAACUCAAGAUUUCACCCGGUAUAAAGCUAGUACGAGAUGGCAACGAGUUUGUUCGAUUACAAUUCAGGAUGAUUCACCCAGGUAAAGGCCUUCCUUUCACUCUUAUUCAAGAAAUGAACGAGGGCGGAAAUAGUUGGACGACACAGGAAGGACUAGGGCUGAACAUGUCGCGGAAGCUUCUGAACAAGAUGAAUGGACGAGUUCAGUAUGUCCAGGAACAUAACAGAAGUUACUUCCUCAUUGAUCUCGAAAUCCGAACGAGGAAAGGAAGACUAAAAGCACCACAAGCAAAAUAAUGAUCUCUUAUGCAUAUAUAUACUUCUUUGUUAGUAUAAAGGGAAAUGGAGAGAAGCUGCUGGGAUUUGCUAAACCCCGAGUGAUUUAUGAAAUAAUGACUGCAAUGUAAAAUAAUUAACCUGUGUUCAUAUCUGUAAA